AUGAGACAGAUCAACGAGACACAGGUGACAGAAUUCAUCCUCCAGGGACUCUCUGAUGACCCCCACACCCAGAAACUGCUCUUUGUCUUAUUUCUGUUUGUCUACCUGGUCACUGUGCUUGGAAAUCUGCUUCUCAUGUCCCUUGUUUGGCUCGACUCCCGUCUUCACACGCCCAUGUAUUUUUUUCUCUGCAACUUGUCUCUGGCAGACCUCUGUUUCUCCACCAUCACUGUCCCUCAGGCCCUCGUUCACCUGCUGUCCAGGAAGAAGACCAUUUCAUUCCAACGUUGUGCAGCUCAGCUUCUACUCUUCCUCAUUUUGGGUGGGACACAAUGUGCCCUUCUGGCAGUGAUGUCCUACGAUCGAUACGUGGCCAUCUGCAAUCCUUUGCAUUACUCCAACAUCAUGACCUGGAGGGUGUGUGUCCAGCUAGCCACAGGGUCAUGGACCAGCGGCCUUCUUGUGUCUAUUGUGGACACCACCUUCACACUGCGGUUACCCUACCGAGGCAGCAACACCAUUGCUCAUUUCUUUUGUGAGGCCCCUGCCCUGUUGGUCCUCGCCUCCACCGACACCCACACUUCAGAGAUGGCCAUUUUUCUGAUGGGGGUCGUGAUUCUCCUCAUACCUGUUUCCUUAAUUUUGGUCUCCUAUGGCAACAUUAUAGUGACUGUGAUUAGGAUGAGGUCAGCUGCUGGGAGGCUGAAGGCUUUCUCUACCUGUGGCUCCCACCUCAUGGUUGUCAUCCUGUUUUAUGGGUCAGCAAUUAUCACGUACAUGACCCCAAAGUCUUCCAAAGAGCAGGGAAAACUAGUGUCUGUGUUCUAUUUAGUGGUAACUCCAAUGCUUAACCCCCUCAUCUACAGCCUGAGGAACAAGGAUGUGAAGGGGGCUCUGAGAAAAGUAGCCACAAGGAAUUUCCUGUGCAAACUUGGGUUCAACCUCUGA